AUGCAAGAACGCCAACCCUGGAAGUUCAAGCAAUUCGUGCCUGGAGCGCCGGAGCCAAAUGAGUACGAAAUUAGGAAUUUCAGCCCAUACAAAAUCCAUCAGCGAUGUGCAGAAAGCUUCAGGGUUGGCAGGUUCCUACUCGCUGCGGACGCUGCACAUGUCUGUAAUCCAUUCGGUGGUAUGGGUCUCACAGGCGGUCUGGUUGAUGUUGGCAAUUUGUUCGACUGCCUUUACGGCAUCUUCAACGGCCAAGUGGAUGAUCACAUCUUGGACAAGUAUUCCGAGAUCCGCAUACAGAAAUACCAGGAGAUUAUCGACCCUAUCUCGAGCGGCAACAUCAAGCGGCUAUGGGAUGCGAGUCCAGAAGCGAUUCAGAACGAGCCUUUCUUUCAAGCGCUUAAAAGAGCCGAAGUUGACAAGGAAUUUGCACAGCAGAUGCAGAAGGCAAGUGAUACUGGCCCCAAUGACAUGUUUUAA